AUGGACAUUGAGAAACUCAUUGCUGAUAUACUGACGCCAGGGACCCAAGCAUUCAUAACAACAGCUGCUUUGUUAUUCACGGUGUUGCUGUUGAUAAUAGCUGUCAUUGCUUCAAAUGUGUGUUUGACAAAAGCUCACGGAACAACCGAAAAACUCGUAUUCAUAUGGCUGUUUUGGGACAUGCUAGUCCAUUUCAUAAUGGAGGGAUCUUUUGUGUAUUUUUCUUUAACAUCAACCGUCCUGAAAUCGUCAGGACCUUUAGCUGCGAUAUGGAAGGACUAUGCCCGAGCUGACGCUAGGUGGGGCGUGUCAGAGCCAAACAUCGUUUCGAUGGAGCUCUUUACCGUCUUAUUUUGUGGAAAUAUGUGCUGGGUUGUAAUGUAUGGUCAAGCACACAACAAAGUCUGGAGACAUUAUGCUCAGCUAGUAUUGUGUGUCUGCGAGCUGUAUGGAGGAUGGAUGACUUUUGGUCCAGAAUGGAUUAUUGGAAGCCCCAACCUGUGCUGCCUGGACGAUCCUAUGAAAUUAUGGGUGUUUCUGACCUUUUUCAAUGGACUUUGGGUCAUAAUUCCACUACUGCUAAUGUAUCAGAGCUACCUUGUAAUUGUAGACAAUGCCAAACAGGCUCAAAAGACGAAGUCAGGCAAGAAGCACUAA